AAGCUAUACUCUGGUUUGGCUUCUUGCUUCAGUCAUGGAGAAAGAUGCCUGUAUAGAGGAUCAGGAAAAUGGCAAUAUCACUGGGCACACAGUGAAGGAUUCUGUAGUAACCUCUGCCUACCGAUACACCAAGGAAGAGCUGUUGGAAAUCAAAGAGUUACCAAUCUCUAACGAAAGACCAGAGUGUCUAUCGGAGAAAUAUGACAGCGAUGGUGUGUGGGAUCCUGAAAAGUGGCAUGCUUCACUGUACCCGUCAGAGCGAAACUCCCCAGUAGAUGGAUACAAGAGAGACUUUGCUGAAGAUAGGGUGUCUUUGAAACGCAGAAUUGCAGACCCAAGGGAGCGUUUAAAAGAGGAUGAUUUGGAGGUGGUUCUUAGUCCACAGCGCCGUAGUUUUGGAGGUGGCUGCCAAGUGGCACCUACCUCUUUGGUCCGGCGUCCUGUCAGCCCUCUGGAGAACAAGGAGAACGAGUCACUCCGUUUGGGUGGUACACGACGUAUUGGAAGUGGCCGCAUUAUGGCGACACGUGGGUUUGAGAGGGACUCGCGGGUGGACAAGGAACGAGAGAGGGAACGAGACUUUAAGGACAAGAGAUUUAGGAGAGACUUUGGUGACAAAAGAGUGUUUAGUGAGAGGAGAAGAAAUGACUCUUAUGUUGAGGAGGAGCCUGAAUGGUUUUCUGGUGGACCAACCAGCCAGUCAGAAACCAUUGAACUCAUUGGGUUUGAUGAUAAGAUUCUAGAGGAUGACAAGCGGAGGCCUAAGCGCUCCAGAAAGAGGACUGAGUCUGUAAAAGAAGUUGAGUGUAAUGGGGGUCUUCCUGAGGAGCCACAGUUGGUUCAAGAGACGGGAGCUGAUCAGGAAGUUCCUCAUUCUGGAGUUCUGCCUGAACAAACUGCUGGAGAGUUUGACUUCAAUGAGUUCUUCAAUCUUGAGAAGACUAUGCCUGGCCUGGCUUCGAUGAUCGAAGAUGUUCUGGGUGAGGGGCCAGUGACCGCCAGUCGUUUUAGCCGUUGGUUCUCCAGUAAUCAAAGUCCUUCUGGUAGCCGUUCUAGCAGCUUGCGCUCCACCCCACACGAAGAGCUGGAAAGACUAGCUGGUGUAGACCCACGCAGCAGCUCUCCUAGUCAAGGUCCUACACCCUAUUUUACCCCUAUCUCUUCAGCUGAGCGAAAAGAAAAAGUGGACAUUUUGGAGUUGCUCCAUAAAGCCAAGGUUGACCUUAAACCCCUCCUGUCCAGCUUAAAUGCCAACAAGGCCCGUCUGAAAGAGAGCACUAAUUCUGGAGUGGUGUUAUCUCUGGAGGAGGUGGAGGUUGGUUUAAAAGGGCUUACUGUUCGUUCUGAGCACCCUCAGCGAUCUAGCCGACAGCCACAGAGUCAAGGGGGAAGCACCCCGUUCAUGGCUGAGCAUCUGGAACAGGCUCUUACGGGAGUUUCUGGGGUCAAACCCCGUCCUCGGGAUCCUGAUAUGUCUGCUUUUAAUAAGCUGGUCAGCAGUAUGAAGGCAAGUGGAACGCUGCCCACCCAUCCUAAGGCCAACAGCAGCAGCAGCAGCAGCUUGCAGCAGGCAUCUGAUCCUGUGAUCCUGAGCUCCUUAUCCGAGGCUCAGGUACCUGUCCCGCAACAGAAAAACAUUUUCCAGGAGUUGUUGGGUGUUCAGGGUGCUCCACGGGCAGGUUCUCCACUACUGAGUGGUCUGUUGGCGAGUACUGAUGCCCCACCUAUUCCUGCCCCUGGUUUAAUGCACCACCGUGGCUCGUCCCCCUCUAUAUUCUCACAGAGACCACCCAUUCAAGACUUCUACACAGGUUGCAUGCAGCCGGGAACAGGAUUCCAUGUUGGUCCGCAGCAGAUACUUGCGGAUCACAUUCCUGAAAUGCACCGAUCCAUAAGUCCUGGACCCACUCCACACCAGUUAAGAGCACUGUCUCUGGGAGUGGACCAGGCGGAACUGGACAGCUUAAUGUUCCAGCAAGAUCUGGCAGUACAUGCUCGCCAUCAGUACCAACAAGGCUACAAUAAACACAGUCAUGAUAAAGUCUUUCGGAACAGACAGCCAAGGCUAAACCGAUCCCCUGGCCCCAACCCACCAGGCAGGAAUUCCCCUGUUGCUGCAGUCACUAGUAUGCUGUCCCCGUCGUUUACUCCCACCUCAGUAAUAAGAAAAAUGUAUGAAUCUAAGGAGAAGAGUAAAGAUGAGCCAACAAGCAGACCAGGGAGCAAAGAGGACACUGCUAACUCACAAGAGGCAGAAACUCCUUCCCCUAGCUCUUUCCUUGAAGGCGUGGACUCUAGUGGACAUCAGACAGGUGGAGUAAAGGCUUGUUCUACUCCAGUGUCUGCACAGAAUCGCCACUCUAAGGACGCAGAGCGAACCAGGCCCAGCUCAACUACCGGGCAGCACACUCCUGCCAUGCUGUCCCCAGGUGCCACUUCCACUUUUCCUAGACCAAUUUACCCAGUACCCCUUUUGUCUCAUGUUCCACUAGUGAGGCCCCCACCACCACCACUUCAUCCCAGUGUGGUACAGAGGAUGCUUGCUCAGGGCAUACAGCCUCAGCAAUUGGGACCGGCAUUGUUACAAACAGGAGUGUUCCCUCAGACUGUUGACCUGUCCCAGUUACAAGGUCUGCCCCCAGCUCUAUUAGGCCAACCUCUGUAUCCAUUGGGCACUACAGGGCAUCCCCUUAUCCCCCCAAGAGCUCCUGGGACACACAUGCAGUUAGUCAUGCAACAACAGAGACCAAGUCUGCACACAGGGCCGCCUGGUGCCCCCCAAACGCAAAGUCACGGUACACAUCGGACAAAUCAUUCCCAGCGGAGAGGAGGGAGCCCACCUCUAGGCCUGGCUAAGUGGUUUGGAUCUGAUGUACUGCAGCAGCCUCUCCCUUCCAUGCCUUCAGCUAAAGUGAUCAGUGUUGACGAACUGGAAUUCCGCCAGUGACCUCAUCCUGCAGCCAGUCAUCAAGAGGAAAGACUUCCCCCUCCCCACUGUCCUGUUUAGUUUGGGAAAAUGUGAACUUUAAUUUCUACUAUAAUGUACAGAUGACAGAGCCUUGUGUAAAGCCUUGCAGUUAAUGGAAGUUGUGAGAAGGCCUACAAGUUAGAAGAAAGGGAUAAUACCAGUUCUGGACGUUUUCCCUGUCACUCUUGUCCUUUCAAGUAAUGUAGAGUAAAUAAUUUGUUUUUUUUGUAAUCUUUUCAGUUUAUUUGCAGUAAAAAGUAAAUAAUGUAUAGGCCAUAAUUGUACAGACUAUGGGAAUAGAUUUUUUUUUUGUUUCGUCUUGCCCUGUACAUAGCUUUAAUUUUUUUUUUCCGUUUGUCUUGCUGCGGGGAAGUCUUGAAAAGCAGAGAAUGGGGCACUGAAUCUUUUCUUUUCUUUUUUUUUCCACUUUCUUCUUGUUACUCCCCCUUUUUUUUGACUGACCCUGGUUUUGACUGAAGUGGGGUUCUGCAUUUCCCAUCCUCGAGUUUGGAGUGGGUGGGAAUAGGCUGCACUGCCGAUUAUUGGUUUGUUGGACUGUGAUGCCUGCAGUUGAACGUUGCGCACUUGAUUCAUUAGCCCAGCCUGAAAAGUUGGACAGGAGUGGCUGAAACCACCAGAGCUGAGCCCAAGGGGGUGGUGCUGCAGAGUGUAUGUGCCUUUUUUUUUUUUUUUUUUUUUUUUUUUUUUUUUUUUCCUCCCCUUUCCCCCUCCUUCCUACUUCCAUCCCUUCCUUCAUAGUCACUGAAAGAAAAGCACUGCUCUGAGUCACGUUUGUUUUAGGGUGGCAGGGGUUCGAUUUGAGAUGUGCUAUUAAUUUAAAGAAGCACAAAUAGAAGGAAAAAAAAUAAAAAUAAUAUUCACAA